AUGGAGUAUGAUGUAAACAUUCACAUUGUGACAUCAAUGCCCAAGUUGUUUGUGUUAUUGGAUGUAGUUUGGCACUGUCUUCCCCAUAAAGUUGAUGGCAAGCGAAAGCGAGGGGAAUCCCGUUUCAAAACCAAGCCUGAUCAAACAGCUGUUCCUGAAGAAGUGAACAUGAAAAAAGUGAACUACCGGUCAAAUAUAACUAGAUUGGUCAAACUGUUAAAGCAUACGAAAUUUACAAGUGGCCAAUUGAAGUGCCUUAGAAAAACACCGUUCUGGCCAUUAUUUGAUAGCUUGAUCAGUAACGAAAUCGACCUCAACCACUGCAUGAAAUAUGAUGAUGUCAUUGUGCGUAUAGUACAAACAUUCAAGCAAUCUAGUGGAAGGUUUUACAUUGGGGAUAAGAACAUCCAGAUUUUUAGAAGCGACGUAUCACUGAUUUUUGGGGUGGAUUGCGGCACCAAGUCGAUGAACCUCUCUUAUGGUGCAAAACCAACAACCGGCAUCAUACACCGAAUGUGCAAGGAUGUUAGUCGGUUAAAUGCUGCCAAAAUACGAGAAAUUCUGAGGGAAGCAUUGAAGGGCACAAAAAAACACGACAAUGAGGAGAAGAUGAUCGAGUAUGAUUGGGCUGAGAGCAUCCGGGCAACCUUGAUGGGUUCAUUGGGCCAAAACUGUGGAAAACCAGGACGAGUCACCGGAUGUGUGAUGUUGUUAAUGUAUUGGCUGUGUGAGCAUACAACAAUCUUACAACCCCGCAACCCCAAUGCCAUUCCACGAUGCGUAAAAUGGGACCUCACAGCCUUACAUAGCAACAUGAAGUCCAUAACUCUGGCUAAGCUAGGUUUAAAUGAGGUAUAUGGCGGCGAGCUAAUGGCAUCACCAACUGAAGCGAAGAUGUAUCGUCAUACAAAAUUGAAUGUGGAGCCAAAACCUGGGAUUUUGUCAAGUGCAGUAGCAAAGAAAGAUGAAAGCAAUGAGGAUCAAAGCAAAGACAGUCAACGCAGUGAUGACAGCGAUGCAUUUUCUGUCGAUGCAAUGGACCUGAAUGAUGUUGGACAUUAUAUCAACCCCAGCUGUAGCACCCCCAAUGCUGAGAAAGGAAUCAUCAUAGCACAACCAACUGAGCCCGACAUUGUGGAAGUACUCAUGAAAGAAAACCAAAAAGCUUGGGCUCUUGUACGGCAAUGGGAAGCGAAAUACAAACAGUUGGAAGAAUCAUGGGAGUUGAGGGCAAGGGUGAUUGCUGCCCUUGAAGCCAAACUAUUUGACCAAUCGGGCUCAUCCAAUGUGGACAUGGACAUGAAGACUUGCAUGGAGUGGAAAGAUACAGAAAUUCAGCGGCUGACAAAGUUGGUCAUCAACUUGGAAUGUGAAAAAACAAUACUUCAAGACCUUUUUGAUGAUCAGUCUGUCCACAUCAUCACUCAAGUUGAAGCACAAAAGGCUCAUGACAGCCUUAACAACAAUCCCACUGCAGCAUUGGAACACGUUAUCAGCCCCCCAUCAAGGGUAAAGCGCAUAAAGCAGAAGGUAAGGACAGAACACAGGUUGGACGAGUUUGAAUACCCCAACCUGCCUGGUCAGAAGAAAGGGGAAGAGGGAGCCCAACAGAAAUCACAUGCAGUCCAAAUUGCACAAGAUUUAGACAAGCAACCACCAAAAAAGCAGCCAACAAAGUCCAAGAAGUUAUCCUUGAACAACAAACUAAAGGUCUGGGCUAACAUGAACAAACUCAACAAGCAAAAAGUCCAAAAUUUGCACAAGAACGGCGGUGAUGAGUAA